GAAAAAAAGCUAGCGAGUUAGACAAGAAAGCAACAAUACAAAAUUUAAAAUAUAAAAUUAAUGAGAGGAAGCAAAAAAAAAAAAAAAAAGAAUAAAAAUUCCUAAAACUGCGAGCGUUUAUGUUUGUGAGAGAGAAGAAGAGUUCAUAUGGAAGAAAAAAAAAAGUUGAGCAAGGAAGAAGAAGCAUGAACGUCGACAAUACUAACAACAACGACUACAUCUGCACUAAUGAUUGCAUCGAAGAAGACGAUGAUAAUAACACUAAUAAUAAGAGGAGCCAAACACAACAAGCAUGGGGCACGUGGGAAGAGUUAUUAUUAGCAUGCGCCGUUAAGCGACACGGAUAUGGUGAUUGGGACUCCGUCGCUACGGAUGUUCGUUCCCGGAGCUCCCUCUCCGACCUCGUUUCCGCUAAUCACUGUAAACACAAGUAUCGGGAUCUCAAACGUCGAUUUCACGAAAAAGAAAAAACCGAUGCGGCGGCAACGGCGGAGGACGAGGAAGAAAAAGUCGGUAAUAAUAAUAUAUCUUGGCUCGAACAACUCCGCAACCUUCGUGUAGCUGAGCUCCGUCGUGAAGUUGAGCGAUACGAUGUUUCAAUACUAUCGCUUCAGUUGAAGGUUAAGAAAUUAGAGGAGGAGAGAGAAGAAGAGAAACCAGAUCUGGAAGAAGAGAUGAAAACAGAGAGAUCGGAGAACGACGGUUCUGAAACUGAGCACCGUGAGAAGGCGGAGGAAUCUGAUCGGGAUAACGGUUCGAUGAACGAGUCGAACUCUACAGAAACCGUCGGAGAAGACGAGAGAGUUGGCGGAAACGAGACUCGGGAUGGUGAUAAUAAUAAUCCUGAUCCGGUUAGUAAGGAUACGGCGGAGGAGGAAAGAUCGGUUAGUAGAGGAUCGGAAGCGAGUCACUCAGACGAGUUAGGCGAGUCAGGUACGUCGGAAAGGAAGUGGAAACGGAAACGAAGGAAACACGGUGGUUCCGACGAGAUCAGAUCGGGUGAGAGUAAAUCACAGCCGUUGAUAGGUCUUCUUGAUCUGAUUCGGUCCCAUCCGCGUGGAUCUUUGUUCGAACGCCGGCUUCGGAGCCAGGAAGCUAAGGAUUACAAGAGCAUGGUUAAGCAACAUUUGGACAUUGAGACAAUACAGAGAAAGUUGAAGCAAGGAUGUUACGAUUCUUCAACCCUCACAUUUUACAGAGAUCUACAGCUUCUCUUUACAAACGUCAUUGUCUUCUUUCCUUUAUCUUCCGCCGAAUCAAUGGCUGCUCACGAACUAAGAGCCGUUGUUUCUCAAGAGUUGAGGAAAGAGACCGGGGAAUAUGGUCCUACGUUAAUAAAGCGGAAAGUAUCGGCUAUGGAUAGUGGCCAAGCUGAUGCUGAAACGUCAGACUCGUCUCUCUCUAGAGAGAAAUCUUCGGCUCCUUUUGUUGUUUGUAAGAGGAGGAGUUCUGUUUCCACUAAGACUUCUCCUUCGUCGUCAAGCUUUAGCCAAAAAGAGGAGACGAAAGAAGAGACAUUAUCAGAGGAGAAAGAGAACAUUGUGACUGGUGUAAGAAGCUCGAGACGGGCCAACAAAGUGGUUGCUGCUGCUGCGGCUAUCUCUAACAUUACCAAGAAGGGUAAAAGCAAAAACAAACAGAAACAGACAGAGUCGAAAACAAACUCGUCGAAUGAUAAUAGUACUAAGCAGGAGACAGGUAAAACAGAGAAGAAGAUGAUUUCAUCAGAUAAGAAGAAGAGUGUUGCUGAUUUCUUGAAGAGAUUAAAGAACUCUCCACAGAAAGAAAGUAAAGAUCUGAAUAAGAGCAGUGGAGGUGGUAAGAAAGAUAGUAAAACAAAACCAAGAGAACUUAGAAGUAGCAGUGUGGGUAAAAAGAAGGCCGGGGUAGAGAUUUCUCCGGUGAAAAGAGCCCCCGGGAGACCACAGAAGAAAACAAUAGAGGCAGGAGCAACUGCAACCGCAUCUGCUAUGGGAAAACGGGGUAGGGAUACCGGAAGCACGGGAAAGGACAAUAAACAGCCAAAGAAAAGAAUCAGAAUGUGAGAAUAGAAAACAUCUUUUGCCGCUUUGUUGGCUUUUCUUAAGAGCUCAAGGUAUUGUAUAUCCAUAGCGUAUGCUUUGGAGUAUAUUAUCUUAAUUCUAACAUUAGAAAUCAUAUUCUCAUAGUUAUGGAUUAGGAAAGUGUCUUUUGGCUUGUUGGCAUCAGUAAUAUCCAUUCCUUCUUCUGUUA